AUGGCAUCAGACGAGUUCAUCAGCCUUGAGGCACCUUGCGAGGUUGAUGCGAAAGAUGAAGGGGGAGACAUUCAGGUUAAAGCUCCUGAUGUGAAUGGGGCGGAACCUCUCGCAUCUGAACUCCAACCAGAAGGGGAAUCUGGUGUUGUGGGCAGUAAUCCCAAGCCAUCUGCUGGGAACCUGGAUCUUGAAGAGGGGCAAGUAGAAGAUAUGGACAUCGCGGAUGAUGACAUAGUGGUUGGAAAGGAUCAGUUAUCAGAUGCUUCCAUUCAGCCCCAGACCAGCAUUCUUGCAGCUGUACAGACUGUGAUUGGUUUUGAGGUCAAGCUGAACAAGGGCGACAGGACUGAAAAUGCACCAAUUUAUGAGUCAAACAGCGUCUCUGUUGAAGAAAGUCCCUCGAGAGGAGUUAAAAGAGCCCGUGUGGAAUCAAAGGAGCCUUCUAUUCGUGUCAUCUACACUGACUUGACAAGGAAAGCAAAAGAAAGCAUGCAACUGAUGCAACAAUGGUCUGAAUGGCAGACCAGAAGGCAGCACCAUUUGAAGGAAGCUGUGGAAGGGACCUUAGAAAGUGGUGAAGAGACUUAUUAUCCAGCAUUACAUGUUGGUUCAGAGAAAUCUUGUGCUGUGUCAUUUUGGGUGGAUAACCAAGCAAAGGAAAGUGAUACCGUAGAUGAUGAUACUGUUCCACUGUAUGAUCGGGAGUUUACCUUGGGCUCGACUCCUCUGGGUGAUUCAUCAAACACUGAAAGAAUGGUAGAAUCACAUUGUAAGAUUAACUAUUUUUUGCAGGAAAAUGAUCCCCCUCCUUGGCUGCAUAGAAUGCGUGAGUUAGGGUAUCCUCCGGGCUACCUAGAUGUGGUUGACGAUGAAGAUAAACCUUCGGGUAUCACCAUAUUUGGAGAUGGUGAGGUGAAACUAGAGCACGAGGAGGGAGAGCUUUCAGAGCAAGCCGAGGCAUCCCCACCUAAGAAAAGGAUGACAGUGGAAUUCCCUGGAAUAAACGCCCCCAUCCCAGAGAAUGGUGACCAGUGGCUGUGGGGUAGCGCUCCGCCUCAGUCCUCAGGCCGCUACCACUCAUUGGAUUCGAGGGACUACCGUGAUAGAGGACCUCCUGGUGCUGAUCAUUAUUCAUCGAGAUACCAUUCCCACGAUUAUGGGCCUUUGAGCCCAAGCUUAGGGAGGUCACACUCAGACAGGGGGUGGAGAAGCCCACCUCGUUAUGAUAAUCUGCCAGCAGACGAUGGUUCCUGUACCCCGCACUCAUACCCCAGCAGGCAGUACUCGGGCCACUACAGCUCGAGCUCUGAGAUGUCGUCACGCCAUUCCAGGGAUAGAGACAGAGACAGGCAUGACAGCAGGCACUACCACCACCGCAGAUGA